CUACGUAUUAAUACCUAAAACCAAGCUUCAUCUGGUGAAUCCCUUCUGGCAAGUCAGCUCCCGGAGUUGACAGGCGAAACUGCAAUAGCGCCACAUGUCCCGAGCCUAGCAACAGUAGCAGCCUGCGUCCUGCGUCCUGCGUCCCUGCACAUCCACACAUCCACUGGCAUCCCAUUCCCAUUUUCUUUCCCUUGGGCCUUGAUCCCUCCCACCAGAUCCUUCCAUGUUGCUAACUACUGUACUCUAGUCUGUACGCAUAAUUUGUGGGUGCCCUUGCAUGCAUCACUGAUUCGUCCUGCGACGCGGCUGCUUGUCCUACAGCGCUUUGUUGUCAUCUUUUUUUUCUCCCCUCUUCCCAUAUCUAUCGCUCGAUCCGCCUAAUCACCUCUCACCGUUUUCUUCUCACCAUGACCACUCCUAGCCUUUCAGACAGUAGUCAUGGCCCCUCGCGAUCAGAGCCCAAUGCCCCCUCCACCUCCACCCAACUCUCCAGUUCUCAGACGCUCCCGGAGCUGAAGAAGCGCAUUCGAGCUGGUCUAAAACAGUAUCCGGACUUUCCCAAGCCAGGAAUUUUGUUUGAAGAUAUUCUUCCUCUAUUUGCCUCGCACGAACUCCACAAAGAUCUCAUCCUCGCAUACGAACUACAAGUCCAAGAGUCAUUUGGGAGUGACGACAAGCCAGAUGUCAUUGUCGGUCUCGAUGCCAGAGGCUUUCUUAUCGGAGCAACUUUGGCUCUGCGACUGGGCAUAGGAUUUGUUCCCGUGCGAAAACCCGGCAAACUUCCCGGAAACCUCGAAACAGCGGAAUAUCAAAAGGAGUACGGAGUUGACUCGUUUGCAAUCCAGUCCGAUGCAAUCAAACCAGGUCAGAAAGUCUUGGUGGUGGAUGAUCUGAUUGCUACUGGUGGCUCCGCUCAAGCCGCAGGAACACUGGUCCAGAAGACUGGAGGCAUUCUACUCGGCUACAUCUUCAUCAUUGAAUUGACCUUUUUGAAAGGCAGAGAAAAGCUCAAUGCUCCAGUCUACACAUUGAUCGAGAGUCAAGAUUGAGCACUGAUCUCAGUGCGAAUAUUCUUGCAGUUUCAGCUGCCUAUGGUCCCUCGUCAGCCUCUAACGCAGACUCAAAAGCUCUACCAUCGAAAGCAAAGUAAUGCGGCUUCAAGACCGGUACACGGCCGAUGAUUCGUGUUCAUCGAUUCAUUCGCAUUACAUACAUACACCAGUGCUUGAGUAUAGCAUACGAGUCUAUCUCGGAGCUAUACUCCCACGGGCCAGCUCCCACGGACCUGUAUAUCGAGAACACUCAUCUCAAUUCGUUAUAACGGCAGACUACAUACUACGUUUUACGGCAUACACAUUCUGUCUAAGGAUCCUGUCUGGGUAAACUCCUGCCAAUUAGGUCUAACACUGCCCUUGGAAUAGUUGGAAGCGAUAUUGAAGCCGGAAUACAUCCUCGAAAUGGACAGACCAAACUUGCCGCUAGCGAAUCGGCUCGAGCGAAGUAGAUAUCUACCACAACAGCCAAGCUACUUUGACGCCUAUUAUGAUAGGUCUCAGACUUUCUCUCAAGAUAUCAUGCCACCAAUGAAACCUAGAUGUGGUGGUCUUGAAACUGCCCAUGAGUUCACUCAUACAUGAAUCCCUCAUCCUGGGAUAUCUUUACCUAAUAUACUGAAAUAUGAUAUCUUUAAGUCGCAA